AUGAAUUAUGAUUCUCCAGAAUUGGCGCAUCUUUCUCCUAAUGAAAGAGAGUGCUUUAUCAAAGAAACAUUACAAAAGAAACGAGUACAGAGAAUUAUUGAAGCUAGAAAGCAAGCAAGCGAAAUGACAAGAAAUAUUCAGAAAAAAUAUAAGCAAUCGAAAGAAGAAUUUGAUCAAAAACAUAAAAACAAGAAAACUGCCGAAGAACUAGCUCCUUUAAAGAAACAAAUAGAAGAUUUACAAGCAAGGAUUGAAUAUAACGAAAACAAUCGCAGAAAGGCAUAUAUUGACGCUAUUGAAAAUGAAAACAAUAAUCAACAAAAGCAAGAAGCCGAAAAACUUCUUACAAUGCAACGCCAAAAAGAUGCAAUUGAAAGAUAUAACGAAGGAUUGAUAUACAUGAGAGAUAACGAUCCGAACAUCCCAAUUAAGAUGAGACAAAACAGGAUUAUUGCAGCAAAGGAGGAAUCAAAUAGAGUUCAAGAUAUAUACGUUUCCAAACGUAAAAAGUUCGUUGAAGAAAUGGACAAAGCAGAGAAAGCUCGCGAACAAAAUGAAAAGAAUGAUUAUAAUGAUAAGAUGCAUCCAAAACUUUCCAUCGAAGAUUAUUCAAAAACUCAUAUGCAUGCUGGAAUUGGAAUUAUCCCAGUUAAUAAGGAAGCUGAUAAGUAUAAGCAAGAACUCGAAGAACACGAGAGACAGGAAAAGGAAAACGAAAAGAUGCGCUUCGAAAGCAAGAGGAGAAGAACAAGAGAAGCUUUGAACGAUGUCAAGUUCGAGGACGAAGUUGCAAUGCUCGAGAACGAACUCAGACAGAUAGAGCAACACGAAGUAGACGCAGCUCUUAAGUCAAUUGCAGAUGGAACAUCUAAAGUUAGGGAUCAAUAUUGCUUUGCAGAGAAGAGAAUCAUGAGACAAGAAAAAAUGAAGAAAACAUGGCUUGCUGUUGAUGAUGAACCAAAGCCUCGUGGGCCAGCACCUCAGCCAGAACCAUAUAGACCACCAUCACCAACAAGUUCUUAUAGUUCUUUUACUGCUAGUUUGCAAUAA